AUGACGUCUAAACUAUUUGGUUACCGCUUGGCCCAAGCUACUGGUAUAUCUGGUGCAGCCUGGUUGUCUGGAAACAUUGCUGCAUUAAGCACAAUUGCUACACCUGCACUGGUCCAAUCCCAAACAGAUGAUCACAAAUCUCCAAGCCUCCUAGCAAAACAAUGGAAGGCCCUUUUCGAUAUUGGGAAAAGGAAGAAUCCCCCCAUUGCAGCUGCAGCUGCCACUUCCUUGGCCUACCUAGCAUGGUCUGUUCGCCGAGGCAGUCCUUUAUACAAGGCGACGACGUAUAGUCGCAGUGGUCUCUAUAUUGCUGCUGCUGUCCUUACUGUUGGCAUUGUUCCAUACACACUAAUACUGAUGGAUGGGACAAAUCACGCCCUUUUGAAAAAGGCGCAGUCAACAUCUGAUGCCGACAAAGAAGUUUCAGCUUUGGUUGAGCGGUGGAAUUCCUUGAAUCUGGGCCGAUCAAUAUUCCCUUUAGCUGGAGCUCUCUGCGCGGUGGUCGCAACAAUUCUAUGA